CAGGACGUCGCCUUUUUGCCGGGGCCAUGGAUCAGAUAAUAGGUCCAAGACGCUAGUCGAUGCCUGAGCCGUCUGUUGGUCAGCGGGGCGUCCCUCUCCCAUUACCUCGUUCAUUCUGGAAACCCUCGCCACCGUCCCGAUUCGCUGGGUAGAAAAAAAGAAGAAGAGAUAUACCAGCUGUGCCGCCCUGACUGUGCUUCGCCACCGGCAAACAUUCGGAUGGACAGUGCGGGCAUGGAAUUUUUGCUUGAAGCGGUCGACAGGUUCCCGGUGAAAGAGGAGUUCACUGACAACCUUGAACAGCAGGAUCCGAUUUUGUUCCCUUUCCUGUUAGAAAACGGAGCAGCCAAUGCGAAGGGAGGUGAUUCAGAUGCUGGGUCUGGUAUGGCUCAGAAGGUUGGGGGAGAUGGGGCGAUUGGAGCCCAGGAAGGUGCGUGUCGUCGUGCUGCUUCCCCAACAAGGUCCGCAAAAUCCAUAGAUAGAGUAAAUCCAGAGGCACCUCGCUGGACUAAAAGGUUGUUGCUAAAAGUUCAGUCGCUGACAGAAUCUACAUUUGCAAAAAGUACAGGCUUCGCCUGGGCAGAGUACCACCGGACAGGACUCCAUGCCUUCCCGGAUGAGUGCUCUCGACUCUCGAGAUCUCAAUUCACAAGUAUGCAGAGCAACCUGACACGAGUGUGAUACUACCUGAGCUAGGGCUCAGCUUUGACUCUUUGGGCGAGGCAUAUGAUAUCUAUAAUCUGUAUUCAUGGCGGGUCGGUUUUGGAAUACAGUAUGGUAAGAGCAGGCUAAAUGCGGAAAGAACAAAAAGCAUGCAGGAAAUCGUCUGUGGUUGCUCGGGGAACCUGAAGCCGAAAACAACCCUGAUCAGACUUCUGCGUGCAUCUAACAACAACAGGUACAUAACUGAACACAGCUAGAGCCACAACCACUCCAUGUUGCUGACUACGGGAGAGAAAGUGCAUUGGCGUUCUCACAAACACAUUUAUGUGUACAAGGAUUUGAUAAGGCAGCUCAGG